AUGCAGUCCCCCAACAAUGAGCCGGAACUACCGGGAUCGGGAGGAGCUACCCCUCCCCGGGAACAGAGCUAUUCCCCCCGAGUUUGUCGUAUCUGUUUGGAGACGGUUCUGCCGACAGUACAACCCGCCGAAUUUCUCCAGAAGCCUCGCGUGGUGUAUGAAUCCACCGACCCUGAACUGGGCCGUUUACUGCGCCCCUGCAAUUGCAAAGGCUCCUCGCGUUAUGUCCACGAGGGUUGCCUACAAACAUGGCGGCACGCUGACCCCAGAUACGGCCGACGGAACUACUGGCAAUGUCCAACAUGUGGCUUUCAGUAUCGCCUCGAGCGUUUGACCUGGGCCCGAUGGAUCAGUAGUGCCGGCACCCAGCUUUUGCUUACCUUUGUCAUUCUUCUUCUAACCAUUUUCCUGCUCGGAUUUGUUGCUGACCCCAUCAUUGUUUUCUUUGUUGGUGAAUUGGACGAUUUGCCUUUGGAGUAUGAUGACCUUGACGUGGAACAGGGGUCAUGGCUGGCCCACUUCGUCAAGGGACUCGCCUCCCUUGGCCUGAUGUCUUUCUUCCGGGUCAUGUUUAUGAUGUCGCCAUGGAAUCUUCGAGUCGCCACAGGAGGCCGGUCCUCUGGCCGCGAUCGAGUCCGUUGGCUCAUGAUUGUGAUUGGCGUGGGUAGCUUCCUUUGGGCUGUCUGGAAGGGCGUCCGAACCUGGAGUAAACGAACCCUAGAGAAGGCCGGUGAACGAGUCAUGGACGUCCCCUUACCGGACGACGAGGAUGACCAAGCUGUGCCUGAACCCGAACCCGAAGCUCAUCCAUCCAAGUAUUCAAAGACGGAUUGA